AUGGAGAUCGAUACCCUCGACUCCCUGCGACACCUCAUCCAAUGCCACCCUCUCAUCGAUAAUCACGCGCACAACAUCCUCGACAAGGCCUCAGCCUGCAACUACGCCAAAUAUCCCUUUGAGCAGAUCACCUCUGAAGCUCAAGGGAUAGCGCUACAUAAUGCCACCUCUACACUGCCUCUUCACCGGGCGGCCUCCGAGCUUGCUGUCCUAUACGGCUGCCCCUCGUCCGACUGGGAGCAAGUCAAGGCGGCCCGGCAGGAAUGGGUGGAGCGCGACUACGACGGCUUGAUCCGCCAGUGCCUGCAAGGGACCCAUACCUUGCUUCUGGACGACCUCCUGACUGACCAGGACAUCGAGCCGUACCAAUGGCACGAUCAAUUCACCGUGUCCGCGACCAAGCGCAUUGUGCGGAUUGAGGCGCUGGCGGCGCGGAUGCUGGCGACCGUGAUGCGUGCUGAGACGGGGGAUGUCUCUGUCCUCGAGAAUCGGUUCCAGGCGUUCCGCGAUGGCUUUCACAGGAUGAUCUCCGAGGCUAUCGCAGACCCCGCCGUGGUGGGGUUCAAAUCGGUCAUCUGUUACCGGACCGGGUUAAACGUCCAGCCAACCGAUGAAGACGCUGGCGUUUUGUUGCAGUCCUUUGCUCGUACCAUCCACUCCUCAAAGUCCGGGUAUCGGGUCGAGGACAAGCCCCUAAACGAUUGGCUUGUCCGUCAGACCCUCGACCUGCUCCAAGCCGCCAGAUCCGGCAGCAAAGAUUGUAAAAACAAGCCGUUGCAGCUCCAUACUGGUCUCGGAGAUAACGACAUCAGUCUGGUGCUGGCCAACCCGGCCUACUUGCAACCGCUGAUUGCGCGGUAUCCCAACGUCGACUUUGUGCUGCUGCACUCCUCGUAUCCGUACACGCGUGAAGCGGGCUAUCUGGCCUGCGUCUAUCCCAAUGUGUAUCUCGAUCUUGGGGAGGUCUUCCCCAUGGUCAGUCGGGAUGCGCAGGAGUCCAUCAUUCGGGACAGUCUGGAUAUUGUCCCGACCAAGCGACUACUCUGGAGUACGGACGGCCACUUUUUCCCAGAAACGUUCUACCUAGGCAAUAAGCAGUUCCGCAAUGUAUUAGAAAAG